CGUCUAUUUUUGUCCUUCUGUCGCCGCCAUUGCUGCCAUAUGAACAUUUCCCCAGCUGUCCGCAGCGCUCAUAUGUAAGAUAGACACACUGGACUGAAACAUUAACGUGUAAUGUCGCCGUCGUAACCCCGUGGAUUCAACAAUUUGCCCACUUCAGGACAAAUGAUACGAAGCAGCAGAGAUAAUUGGUUGCGUUCGUGGAAGUAGGCUAUUGCAGGGACCCUUCCCCCGGCUGUACUCGCAUGCUGUACUUUUUUUUGUCCAGAGAGGCGUAUUUAGACGAGCUUGAAGAUGUCACUGCAUGGUAAACGCAAAGAAAUUUACAAAUACGAAGCGCCAUGGACAGUUUAUGCAAUGAAUUGGAGUGUGCGGCCGGACAAGCGCUUCCGUCUUGCGCUUGGCAGCUUCGUGGAGGAAUACAACAACAAGGUCCAGAUAGUUGGGCUGGAGGAGGAGAGCUCCGAGUUCAUCUGCCGCAACACAUUUGACCAUCCCUACCCCACCACCAAGAUCAUGUGGAUCCCAGACACCAAGGGGGUGUAUCCUGACCUGCUGGCCACCAGUGGAGACUACCUGCGGAUCUGGAGGGUGAGUGAUUCAGAGACCCGUCUGGAGUGCCUCCUCAACAACAACAAGAACUCUGACUUCUGCGCACCACUCACAUCUUUCGACUGGAACGAGGUGGAUCCUAACCUGCUCGGCACCUCCAGCAUCGACACCACCUGUACUAUCUGGGGGUUGGAGACGGGACAGGUGCUGGGCAGGGUCAACCUGGUGUCCGGUCACGUCAAGACUCAACUCAUUGCCCAUGACAAAGAGGUGUAUGACAUUGCGUUCAGCCGGGCGGGCGGGGGCAGGGACAUGUUUGCCUCGGUGGGGGCCGACGGCUCCGUGCGCAUGUUCGACCUCCGCCAUCUCGAACACAGCACCAUCAUUUAUGAGGACCCCCAGCACCACCCGCUGCUCCGGCUCUGCUGGAACAAGCAGGACCCCAACUACCUGGCCACCAUGGCGAUGGACGGCAUGGAGGUGAGUGGCGGUGGGAAUCACAAGGUGGUGAUACUGGAUGUGCGUGUGCCCUGCACCCCGGUGGCCAGACUCAACAACCACAGGGCCUGUGUCAACGGCAUCGCCUGGGCGCCCCAUUCCUCCUGUCACAUCUGCACAGCAGCGGACGACCACCAGGCUCUGAUAUGGGACAUCCAGCAGAUGCCGCGGGCCAUCGAGGACCCUAUUCUGGCCUACACAGCCGAGGGAGAGAUCAAUAAUGUGCAGUGGGCCUCCACCCAGCCUGACUGGAUCGCUAUCUGCUACAACAACUGCCUGGAAAUCCUCCGGGUCUGAGCCGGGCUCUUGACACUCCCAGGACUGAAAAGAAAAGAAGAGAAAAGACACGUCGUAGUACAACCCAAAACAUUCUCAUGCCGACCUACAAGCUGAGCAGCAAUCAGUUCAUGCUGGUUCUGGCAACAUCUUUUAACCCCCGCUGGUGCAGGCGAUACGUCUGAUACUUACAGUGUUUGCAGCUGAGAACAAGAGGACCUUAUCCUCUAGCUGUGGGGAGCAACUACUUGACUGUUAAUUCCUUCAUAUAAAACUCGGUUGUUGCCGUUCUGUAUCUCUCACCUUGAAGCAGCACAGGACAAAAAUGGAAAUGGAGUCUCAAGUAACCAAAAGACUGUUAAUAGUUUUCAUGUACAGACGCCAAACCAUGUUCAAUAGUCCUGACUCUUUCAGCAUGUUGUUUGAUAGACAAAGAGGCCCGUUAGUCACGUUUCUGUUUUUAUAUGCUGCAUAGUGCAUUUUGUUAUAUGUAGUUUAACCCAUUACAUUUGCAGCUAUUCAUGUAUGUUUUUUGACGCAGCUAAUUUUGGCUAUAUUUAAACCAAAGUGGAUUUAAGUGUUCAUGCAUUCAGUCUUUUUUUUUUUUAACCUUAAAAUAUAUUUUAUUCAUUACCUGAAUAUCAGUUGUGAUAUGAAAAAAAAUGUUGUAAACCCAUUUUUUGUGCAACAGUUUACUGUAGCCUUGUAUACAUGCAUCGUGAUACAGAAUCCUCUUUAAUUUCAGCAUCGAUAAUUUUAUUCACAGCAACAACAGCAAGUCUAAUUUUACAGAGAAUAAACCAUUUCUCUUUA